AUGUAUUUGGAUCAACCUAUUGAUACUGAAUUGCUUAUAGCUCCGUUUCGAACUUCAUUCUGGACUACCAAAAGUUGGUUUGUCAUAUGUGAUCAUAUUGUAUGUCCACGAACUGUCAUUCUCUACACACCAUUGAGCUUCGAUCCUCAAUUCGAAUUUGCCUAUGAAUCAAAGAAAAUUUGUCGUUCGACUUCAGCACCAACUAUUAAUAAUACAAUAGUAAUGGAUGGAGUGCGUAAAAUGCGCCUGGAUUUAUCAAAAGUGAUGCCUUUGGCUACAUCAUCACAGGGUGGCUUGCCGAAUAAUAUAGAAUGGAAUCAAAUUGAAGACGAUGUAGCUGCAUCAUUGGUUGAUUCAGUUGAGAAUUGUAUACAAGAAUGCAUAAAAAAAUAG